GAUAGGAGGCCAUAGGCUAUAAAAAGGGUUAUGAUCAAACAAUACACAAGCACACCAGAACUCAAACACCUAAACACAAAACUUCUAUAUUAUCAUGGGUACCAUAUCUCAUGAAUAUGAUAGAAACAUCGAGAUUAAAGCUUUUGACGAGACAAAAUUAGGUGUUAAGGGACUUGCUGCCACUGGUUUGACCAAGGUCCCUAGCAUCUUCAUCAACCACCAAGAACACAAUCGUAACAACAAACAACAUACUCCUGACUCCAAAUCCCAAUUCACCAUACCUACAAUAGACUUAGCCGGAAUCGAUAUCGAUUCCGACAAGUUUAAGAAGGUUGUUGAUGAAAUUUGGGAUGCUUGUAAGGAGUGGGGUUUCUUCCAGGUGAUUAACCAUGGAAUUCCCCAAGAAGUUCUAGACGGUGUGAUGGAUGGAGUUCGUAGGUUUCAUGAGGAAGAUGAUGAAGUGAAAAAACAAUAUUACACCCGUGAUAUUACAAUAAGUAGUAUGAGGUUUGCGUAUUUCUCCAAUUAUUACUUAUUCAAAGGGCCUGUUACAAAUUGGAGGGACACAAUGUGGGCGUCAAUGGCCCCUUACCCGCCUCAGCCCGAGGAGCUCCCAGUCGCUUGCAGGGACGUAUUAUUCGAAUAUGCAAAGCAUGUAACAAAGGUAGGCCACACAUUGCUUGAAAUGAUAUCAAUGGGACUAGGUCUUAAUCCAACACAUCUCAAAGACAUAGAUUGUGCUCAAGAGCUCAUGUUGUUAGGAAACUACUACCCACCAUGUCCUGAACCAGAUGUAGCCAUUGGGUUCAGUAAGCACGCUGAUAAUGAUGUGCUGACCAUCCUAAUUCAAGACAAACAAAUUGGUGGUCUUCAAGUUUGGCAUCAAAAUCAGUGGGUGGACGUCCCCCAUGUCCCUGGUGCUCUUGUUAUCAACACCGGCGAUGUCCUACAGGCAAGCUCUUCUUGUUAUCUAUUGUUAAAUUUCAGAUUAUAUGAAAAUGGACCUGGGUAGCCCAAUAAAGAGGAGGAGAGUUUAGCCUACUUACAAGCUAGGAG